UGGCUCGAGCUGUGGAGGAUGUUCGCAGGACCCACGGGACAGGGCGGGCAGUACGCCACCGUGCCGGUGCAGCAGGUGCAGGUGGUGCAGGUGGCGCAGCCGCCCGCGUCCGGCGGCGGGGCCGAUGGCCUCGGGUACGCGGAGAGAGCGCAGCAGGCGGGCUUCCAGCUGACCGGGGAUGCCCUCACCGCGCUGGCGGGCCUGACGCCCGACCACGCCAACGAGAUCCUGGACUUCGUGUGCAUGCGGCACCAGACGCUGCGGGACCCCUCCAACUAUCCCGACCACCGUGGCUCGGGGCUUCCAGUCGCGCAGGAACGGCCCAGUUAUGCUGGGGCAGCAGGGGUUCGCCCCCGCCGCCGUGCAGUACGUGCAGCAGGCGCCCCAGCAGCAGCAGCAGCAGUUCGUGCAGGCGCCCCAGCAGCAAUUUGUGCAGCAGCCGCCGCAGCAGUUCUCCCAGCAGCAGGGGGCGCAGACGUCGCAAACCGUGCAGCAGCUGCUCGAGAGGAUGCAGGGCGCGGGCGUGGUCAUCGACGACCACGCCGUGCAGGCGCUUUCGACGCUCCCCGACGAUCACGCGGAGGAGAUUGCGGAUUACGUGAUCCAGAGCCGUGCGUUCCUGCGCAACCCGUCGAAGUACAUUUCCAGCACCGUGGCCCGUGGCUUCGUCCCCCGCCGCUUCGGCGGCUUCGGCGGCAAGGGCGGCGCGCCUCCGCCGCGCCCCGCCUUCGUGCAGGUCGUGCAGGUGCCGCAGCAGGCGGCGCAGGCCCCGCAGCAGUUCGUGCAGGCCCGGCCGCAGGUCGUGCAGGUGGCCAACCCACCGGCGCCUGCGGUGCGAGCCGGGGUACCUAUAAACACUGCAUUCAUCCCGCUGGACGCCACGCCGAUGGAGAACCGGAUCCUCAAUAUCAAUGCCGGGAGCCCGCCCGGGGGACCGAUCGAUUUCGCGACGUACUUGGCGCUCCGGACGGUGAGCGAGAGCUUUGCCACCGAGCUGCUGGAUGCUGUCGAGGCCAAGGGCUACGGGGGCAGCACGGUCAGCUUCCUGCAGGCGUCCGUCUCGAAGGUGCAGAGCGGGCAAGACUGGCGCGACCCCGGCGGAGGCCCAGCCAGCAACGGCUACGGACCUGGCAGCGGCCCAGCAGUGAGCCGCCACGUGGCGCCGUACUGAGCAGCGUGGUGCGGGAGUCGUCCCUAUUAUCAGAUCGUAUGCAGAACAAGCAUCGUUCAGGCAGGCCUAGGCUGAAGGAAUCUCGUUGCAGAACGCUCUGGAACGCGUUCGGAGCGCAAUGGCAACUCACCGCGCGUGGGCACAGGGCAGCGCCAAGCUCAAGCUCCUGCGAUC